GUUCGCGCGAGGUGGAUGAGGCAGAACAUUUGUCUUCUUAGUAUGACGGUGUCUUAAAAAAUACUUCCUAAGGAAUUUAACUUCUUUCAAAUCAUUUUAUUAUCUCUAGUACUGCUACGUAGUACUUUGACUGGGUUGCGCUUCAAAGCCCGGGAAACAAAAUUACCAAGAUGGCGGACAUCAACAGGAUGAAAUCAGAUGUUCUCAUCAAUGAUAAGUAUAGAUUGAUGCGAAAAAUAGGUUCGGGGUCUUUUGGAGAUAUUUACUUAGGUCUUAACCAACUUACGGGCGAGGUGAGUCGGGUGUGGGCUACAUAGCAGAUAUCUCUGCAAUUAUAUGUUCAAAUUUUUGUCGUAUUUUAUGUAUUAAUGGUAACCUCUAGCGAGUUUCUGUAAGUCCAUCAGUUUAAAGACUUAGGCAUUGAGAAGUUAUUAGGAAAAGAGAAAAUCGUAAUUGAACAGGCUGGACUACUAGCAGAUAACAGGUAUCACACAUCAAAAUGAAGUUAUGCAUAGUGACUGGUCAAUUCCGUCAAAAACAGCACUUACGAUAGACUGGAGCACGCUUUUUGCACCUGACUUACUAGUGCACGUGAUACUGAUUGAUUUGAAUACCUAAGUGGUCGACAUGCUAUCAGAGCAGUUCGUUGACAUUAUGAGUUUUCUUCAAUAUAUGACCCAGAUUCGAUGGACUGGUAACUAAUACUUGGUCAGUUGGCCUAGGCUUCCCUCAUACCAUUCGGAACCAAGUUUUCCGUGGGGUUGCGGGUGGAUAUACCUCGGGAGCUGGAGUAGACUGACUGCUGUUCAGGCCUAAAACUAAAUAGUCAACAUUGCGCAAAUAUAUUCAUCUAUAAGUUUUCUUAGCUCACUUUUGAUGGUACAAUUAAAGCAUCCAGUCUAGAGGACUCCAGACAUCCGGAUGUAUUCACUGUUAUCGAAGUUCUAACUGUCCUCAUUAUUAUUCGUUAAACUUCACUUACAAAAAAAGUAAUUUCCACUGUAGUGCUCUUGGCCUUUUUCUGUUAGAUUUUAAAUUGUGUUAGGUCAAAACUAGUGUUUUACGGCAGUUCAUCGUUGCUCGAUUAUAGCGGUUGUAUCCCAAGAAUAUAAACACUUCUAAGCAAACAUGGAAGGCGGUGUAGUUCUGAUUUUGAUUUUAUUGUCCCGUCCCCGAAAACAAUUUUGUAAGAUAUCAGUUGAAUUACGUUACGCGUGGCAAGUUAUUUUAUUGCAUCCAUCAGCGUUUUGCUGACAUACUAACUCCGGCCUUAAAUCAUUAGUUGUGCGCUCGAAUAACGACCCAAUUUCUAACACUGAGUAGUGGUUUCUCACUUCACAACAUUUGGUCUCGUAGUUGUGUCCAUAUAAAAAUAUUCCUUGGUUUUGAUCUGGGUCAGAUAAUUAUGCGUACGUAGAAAAGACUUGUAAAUUGUUUACAGAAAUGGUUACAAAAGUAGUGAGUUUUGAGAUGACUUGAUAAUAUAAAACUUAUGGAGAAUCGACCGCUGAGGUCAACGAAGACAGUAUGAUUGUUGUUGCCUAGUUGCUCCUACUGCCUUGUAGGUCACACUUGGUUGUGUAAAGGCUAGAGCUGCACUCUCAAACAAAAGGCCGAGCGAUUCUGGGGACAUCACUCGUACCAAAUUCCCAUGAAACUUCAUGAACUCUUCAUCAGAUCGCCGCGCCUGGGCAGCGAUAAUUCGAGUUGUUCAUGAAGCCGGCUCAUCCUCCCGUAGGAGAUAGCCGAAGUAAAGUAAGUAAGUAUUGCUGUCAAACUCGUUGAUUCCUUUCUCAUAAGCUUUCAGUCACAUCAUUUCAGUUUACUAUCGGUCGUAAAUACUAAGUUGGUGGUUGUGGAGUCCUAAAUUCUCGGUCAUCAUAACACUGCCGGUUACCGUGAUUGUCCAAAGGAUUCUACUCCGUGUAUAUGUCACAGUAAUUGCUUCCUGUUAAAAGUUGUAACAUGUUAAACAACUUUUAAGAAUCUGUAAGUAUCUGCACAUCCAAACCACUAUCGGUGUCUAGAAUUUCGACGCCGCUGUCUACUGUAAAACUGGUUUUAGCAGCAAGUUAGACAUCGGUACCAGAGCUACACAAUGGUCAUAAACUCACUGCAUAAUUUCUCUAGUUAAGCAUGUAGAGUAUCUUUUUAUCUUCUCGACACGUGCUUGAGAAAUGUGGUAAUGCUUCCAAAUGAGAUAUAUUGUUCGUAGUUGGUGUUUAUAUAGUUCUUGUUUUAGGAGGUUGCUAUAAAAGUGGAGAAUAUAUAUGCUAAACAUCCACAGCUUCAGUUUGAACACAAAGUAUAUAGACUUCUCGCAGGUGCAGUUGGUAUACCUCAAGCAAGAUGGUACGGGACGUGCCGAACCUAUUGGGUAUUAGUAAUGGACCUUCUAGGUCCCAGUUUGGAGGAUUUAUUCACCUUUUGUUGUCGGCGGUUUACUCUGAAAACUGUGCUGAUGCUUGCUGAUCAAAUGCUAGCUCGAAUCGAACAUGUUCAUAACAAGAAUCUGAUUCAUCGUGAUAUCAAACCUGAUAAUUUCCUCAUGGGUAUCGGGCGUCAUUGUAACAAAGUAUACAUGAUUGAUUUUGGAUUGGCCAAACGUUACAGAGAUGUGCGCACGGGGCGUCAUAUUAUCUAUCGAGAAGAUAAAAAUCUCACAGGAACAGCCAGAUAUGCUAGUAUUAAUGCACAUCUGGGUAUAGAGCAAUCUCGUAGAGACGAUCUGGAGUCUCUGGGUUACGUGUUGAUGUAUUUCAAUCGUGGCUGUCUACCUUGGCAGGGUUUACGCGCGACGACGAAACGUCAAAAGUAUGAAAGAAUAAGCGAGAAAAAAAUGUCGACGCCAGUUGAAGUAUUAUGCAAAGGGUAUCCUUCCGAAUUUCAGAUGUACCUAAAUUACUGCAGAGGACUGCGAUUUGAUGAGGCUCCGGAUUACAUGUAUCUGCGUCAGCUAUUUCGUAUUCUAUUUCGAACGAUGAGCCAUCAGUUCGAUUACGUUUUCGAUUGGACGAUUCUUAAACAAAGAGGCCCCGUCGGCCCAUCCUCUCGCGGGGGUUCAUUAAAUGGUGAUCCAGGUAACACAUCAGGCCGUGUGCAGGCUCUUCCUGAUCCUGCCGCUGCUGGUGCUGCAAAUGAAGGUGACGCCAAUGCAGACGCUUCUGUCAAUGCUACUGCAGGAGGAGCUCGACGGAGAUAAAAUGGGUGGAUUAAAAUAAUUUUGUUGAGUUACAUAAGUUACCUCUUGGAUAUAUCAGACUCUAAAGUUAUGAGUUCAAAAAUUCAUAUUCCUCUGACUAAAACCCAACAUAAUAGGGUAUUUGCAAAUUUAUUCAUUUGAUAAUUCAUGUCUUUCGAUUUACGUAACUUUGGAAGUAUUGUAAUGUAAACUCGCACUUCACACUGUUAUAAAGUAAUGUUUUACUUCCAUAUCAUUCAUUACGUGAAAUCGCAAUGUAGUUAUUGCUCCGAAAACUAGGUAUUAUUUUUGCAAUGUACAUAAAUGGGGUGUGUUUCAAUGCCUGCUAACGGUCACGCGGAUAUGUAAUGACGAACAAUUGAUUAUUCUGUAAGGUUAUACUUGUCAGACUUGCAUGUAUGCUGACGGCUCAUCUGCUUACAUACUACUUUUUCAAGACAAUCAGUCUUGUUCUUGUUCAUUUUUUAUAAUUAUAUGAGGAUUGAUACGUAAAAGGUAAAUUUUGAUUUUACCAAAUACCUCGGCAGUUCCCUCAAGUGUCAAUUCGUUAUCGAAUGUAAAUUACUUCUUUUGAAUUUUGUGUAGAUUUCUCUUGAUAUUUCUUUGUAUUUUUAAUCAUUAUAGCUUAUAACAAUUGUAAAAUAUGAAGCCUACUUCGUUUUCACUGACUUAAGUAGUGUACCAAAUUCAGCACGGCUAGCUACUGCGUCUAAGUUCUCUUGUGAGUUCUGCUGGCUGUGAAAGCUAGUUGCCACCUGUCUGAUUGGUAAAGGUUUUAUGAAAAAUAACCUUUCUGACCUAAGACAUGUCACUCAGAUUCAGUUUGUGUUUCUGGCACCCCGGUCAAUUUCUCGAAUUUUUUCACAAAAUAGCUAAAUUCUCUCAUCACAAGGUAUUCAAUCGGUAAUUUCUGCGAACCUGUUUGAAUCGGUCUAUU